AUGUAUCAGGCCCGCAAUCACAAUUUUGAUUUGACCACGCACAUAGAUUUAGCUGAUACCACACCAGACGUUUCACUUAAGGACCAAUUAUCUGUUUGUUUGAGAUAUGUUGACCAAGGAGGAUCACCAAAUGAACGAUUACUUGAUGUUGUUGAAGUUACAGAUAAGACUGGAUAUGGAUUGGCUAAAAGUAUAUAUGAAACUUUGAUAAAACAUAAACUAAAAACUGGAAAUGUAGCAUUUCAGUCAUAUGAUUGUGCCAAUAGCAUGAGUGGUGUUAACAAAGGAGCUCAACGUUGUUUUUCUGAGUUAGUUGGACAUACAGUUCCAUAUAUUCCAUGUCAAGCACACAGGUUAAAUACUUUUCUAGAACACGGCUGUAAGGCUAGUCAUAUAAUUGGAAAUUUCAUUGAUAUUCUUGAAAACAUUUAUGUAUUUUUCUCGGCAAGUACAAAAAGAUCAAGUAAUUUAAUGGAACGUAUGGAAAAAAUCGAGGGAAGUCUGAAGCUCAAAAAUUUAUCCAAAACUCGUUGGACAGCCAGAGCUGAAAGCAUCAAAGCAGUGUGGACAUCUUUAGAAGCAAUUGUUGACACAUUAGAAUAUAUUAACAAUUCAAAUAAAUCUUUAGAGGCCAAAGAACUAAACGUGUGUGAUGCAGCAGCUUUAAUAAAAAGUACGAUUUCAUCAUUGCAAAAAAUUAGAUCAGAAACAGAAAACAUGAACAAUUUGAUAAACAGUGCUAAAAUUACAGCUCAAUCAUUUGGAGUUGAUUCAGAGGCAGACUUUAAUCGUUAUCACCGAACCAGGAAGCGACCUAAACAACAGUUUAAUUUAGUUUUAGAUACAUUGAUUAAUCUAACAAGUUCAAAUUUAAAUGUUUUUGUUGAAACUAUUCAACCCAUAUAUAAAAUAUUAAGUGUUCCAUUGAAAGUGAACACAUCACAAGAUUUCAGUGAAGCCUUUUCUCUUUUCUCACCUAUGAGUGUUGGAGCCAAGCUCUUAGAUUAUGAUACAGCUGCAGCAGAAUGGGAAAUACUGGGACACCAAUGUGUUAAUGAAAAUUUAAAAUGCUUAGAUGUCCUUCAAAAAUCGGAAGAAGUAAAACACAUAUUGCCUUGGGCUAAUUGGUUUUGUCGCCUUUCAUUUACUUCUCCAGUUACAACAGCUUCUAGUGAACGGACUUUUAGUAAGUUGAAACUUAUAAAACAUAAUUUACGUUCUACAAUGACUUCAAACCGUCUUAGCUCGUUGAUGAUAUUGAGUUGUGAAAAAGAUAUUGUCGAUAAAUUAGAUAUAGAUUCUGUUGUCGCAAAAUGGUCUUUGGCCAAACAAAGAAGAAUACAUAUUUAA